CCCAUGGAGCCGGCCGAGGUGGAGUUCCUGGCCGAAAAGGAGCUGGUGACGAUCGUGCCCAACUUCAGCCUGGACCGGAUUCACCUGAUUGGGGGAGAUCUGGGUCCCUUCAAUCCUGGUUUGCCAGUGGAAGUGCCUGUGUGGUUGGCCAUAAAUCUGAAGCAGAGGCAGAAGUGUCGGCUCAUUCCCCCAGAAUGGAUGGAUGUUGGGAAACUGGAGGAAAUCCGGGAUCAGGAGCGGAAAGAGGACACCUUCACUCCUAUGCCCAGUCCCUACUACAUGGAGCUCACCAAGCUGCUGCUGAACUAUGCCUCUGACAACAUCCCCAGAGCAGACGAGAUCCGGACUCUGGUGAAGGACACGUGGGACACACGCGUGGCCAAGCUGCGCCUCUCCGCCGACAGCUUCGUGCGGCAGCAGGAGGCUCACGCCAAGCUGGAUAAUUUAACCCUGAUGGAGAUCAACACCACCGGGACUUUCCUUACCCAAGCUUUGGAUCACAUGUACAAGCUCCGGACUAACCUCCAGCCUGGGGAGAGCUCCCACUCCCAGGAUUUCUGACCUGGAGCUGGGCAGGAGCUGCUUCAUCUGAGCAGCUCCCACCUCCCUGCAAGGACCUCCCAGCCCUCAAAUCUCCUCUCGGGGCCGGGUGGGAAUUGCUCCAGAGCUGCUGGAGCAUCACCAGAGCCUCAGUGCAGGCAGUGACUCGCUGGGCGGAUCUCUCGGGUUGUACUUCAGAGAGGGAACUUCUGAGGGCAGCACAGGCCACACACUGCCUUGAAAGCCAUAAAUUUCAAGGCGGUGCUUCCAUGGAUUUUCUCAGAGCCUUGGGGAAAAAAGGAAAAAAAAAAAAAAAAAAAAAGAAGAUGUGCUGGCAAUGAGGUGUCUGCUGGGGAGAUCAGCUGGGAAGCAGAUCCAUCUGCUCUUUGGAGAAGGACAAAAGAAAAUGGUUUUCCCUCUCCAAUACCAGGAUAUCAUCUAUCUAUUUUUGUAAUAUUUGGGGGUUUAAUCCAAAACUUGUCUGUAAAAAAAAAAAAGAAAGAUAAUAAAAAAAAAAAAUCGCCGCUGAAGAAUGGCAUCAAAUUAAUCCUGGGCUGUUUCACACACAAUGCUUGGGAAAUCCUGCAGCUCUCCUUUGGCUCUGGCCCUGUUUCCCUGCAGAGGAGCGACAGGCAAGGGCAGGAUCCGGGCAGGGUCAAAAUGCAGUCCAGGACAGGAUCAAGGUGGGAUCAGAAUA